AUGUAUAAUGAAUUCAGUCAAGAAGAUAACAAUGUAUAUUAUAAAAAAUAUUGCACAAAACUAAAUACUUCUAAAUGUCAAAAUAAAGGUGUAGAUAAAAUUUGUGUUAAACUCGUAAAAAAUUUAAUACAUUUAUCCAAUGUGCCACUGAAUAAUGACAGAGAUGAACGUUGUUAUUUAUUAAAGCACUGGUUAUAUGAUGAAAUAAGGAAAAAAUUUGGUGCUAAUUAUAAUGAUGUUAGUAAAGAGCCUGUUAUUGCUGAACUUAAAGAAGUAGUUUAUCGUAUUAAUAAUAAUUAUUUACACGAUAAACCGUGUUAUUGCGAAUUUGUUGGUACUUUGAAGGAUUGGAAAGAAGAGAAGGAACUACACGAUUAUUUUCAGAGCUAUGAUAAAAUUGAGAGUAAUAUUAAUGCAGAUGGUGAUAAAUGCAAUAAUUAUUUUAAUAAACUUGUUGCAAUUAAUAAGAUAUAUGAGGAACAUUUGGGGAAAUGCUGCUACUGCUAUAGAUCCGGCUAUUGUUAUGAUACCUGUCCAGAUUAUUUCAAAUGUGAUGAUAAGUAUAAUCCAUAUAAAAUUUUUUUAAAAUUAGAUUGUACUGAAGAAAUUAGUAAAAAUUUUAAAAAGGUUAAUAAACCACAAGGAAUUGAUUAUUAUGUUAUAACUGAAAAAUAUGAUCUUUUCUUUAUUGUGACACAAUUAUUUUUGGGGAUAUUAGGAAUACUUAUGAUAUUUUUUAUUUUUUAUAAAGUAAAUAAAAAUAUUACCAUAAGUAUUAUAUAUUACAUGUUAACAUUUUAA